UUAGAUAACAAAAAUGUACAAAAGAAAUUAAAAAAAAACUUUUUAAAAAUUACAUGAAGACAUAACUAUUAUACAUAUUUAAAUAUUGCAACAACACUAAUAGUCAGGUAAGUUUGAUCCGGAACCUUCAAAAUUUCCAAAUAUUGUCCAAUUUUUUUGUGUGUAACUGAAUAGUUGUUGUUGUUGAUGAUGAUGUCUUUUUGUACAAUUCUUUCUUAUUCCUAUUGAAUAUAUUCACGAGUAUUAAUAUCAUCGAUAAAAUUUAGUCUUUUAUUUUAUGUUUUUUCUUUUACUUUCUUAUUCUCAUCUAAUGUAUUUACAAGUAUUAAUAUCACCCGAUUUCAACAAUUUUUAUCUCUAAUCUACAAAUUAAAAAUGAGGAGAGUCAUUUUUACUUCGAGAUGCACUAGUAGAUCAUAUAUACAUUACGAAAAUCACUUUAAGAAAUAAUAUGGUAUUUUGCUUGAAGUUUAAUAUUAAUUAAGUUAUUUUGUUUAAAAUUUUAUAUUUUAAUAUAAUAUUUUAUUAAUUAUUAUUGUUGUAAUAUGUUUAUACAUGUGCUAGUUAUUUAUAAUUUUUUAUGAUUUCAAAUUAGUUAUGAAAAAUAUAAAGAUCAUAUUAUAAAAUAUAAAUAGUUUUGAAGUUGAGUUUAAAGUUUUGCUUUUGGAGAAAAAAAACUUUAAAUUUUAAAUAUAGAAUUUUGGAAAUUUCAAAAUAAAGUUCUAUUUUGGAGAUGCUCUUAGAGACUUGGCCAUGCUGUAAAUGCUCUUAAAGUUUAUCUGCAUACUAUCGAUUCUCAUUAUUCUCACUCUCUCUCUUACUUUUAUUUAUUUUACUGGUAUUUUUUUCUUGAGAAAUUGUUGUUAAAAACCAUCACUUAUGGCAUCAGCAUUGACACAGUCUCUCUAAAGAGUACCUUCCACAUAUAAUAUCAUUAUAAUUAAUUUUUAUAAUUAAAUGUUAAUAUCAAAAAUUAUUAGACCAAUAGAAAGAUGAAAUGUAAGAGAAAAGUCUCUGAUAUAUUUUUGUACGUUUCUCGAAGAACAAUCGUUUCUGCAUUUCUCUCCUCCUUUUCUUAUCCUCUCUCUUACUUUUUUUUUCUCUUUAUUUCAUUAUUAAAAGGGUGAGAAUCUCUUCCUCAUACCUCCACUGUGCCUGUUCUUAUGGUUUUAGUUUAGUAACUACUAAAGUAGAUUUCAUUCAAGCCCAUAAAAGGUCAACUUACAUGAGAAGCAAGCUAAAUACAAAAGACAUCGGAUGAAAUUCAAGCCCAUGCCCACAUAGUUUACAAUAAACCUAACUAAAAUACGUUUGCUUGGUCGAGAGGAAGUGACACGCGUAGGUUUGAGAUGAAUACGCAACACGGGUAUCUCUACAUGCGUCCUUCAUGCAUUGAUCUGCGCCACCACCGUCUGAACUUCAGCUCCGACCUCCGAAGAUUUGCUCCGCCGUGUGCAUCAUCCAAUCAACUUUCCAAUUUGCAGGCUUCGUGAGCAUCAAAGAUUAUCGACGAACUUUGCAGCUUCUUCUCUGGACCUUUUGCUCAAACCGCGACCAAUCAAUCGGAGGGACACUUACUUUACUGCAAAUAAAACCAGAGGAAGCUUAUAACCCGUUGAAGAAGAUUCUUUGUUGGACCGUAAUGAAACACCAACUCUCCUGAGUCUGCUUCAGAGAGGCCAAAGAAACCCAUCAAACUCAACCAUCCUUGUCGGAGAAGCUUUACAACGCCACAUCAAUGGCUAGCUAUAAGAGUAAAGACUGAUUCUCCUAAAAGGAGGUUCGGUUGAAGCUAGAGCCGUAAAAUGGGUGGGCUGUCCAAUGGGUGUUUAUGUCUAAAUAUAUUUGGGCUUCUAUUAGUUAUACCCAUAUUUCUAGAUUGGAUUUAAAUGGUCAAAAUUGGGAAACUAAUUAAUCAAUGGUUAUUUGUGGAUUUGGUUAAAAUAGACAUGGGCGGCCCAAUUUAAAAAAAUUUCUAGGGUUUCCAAAAUUUGGGAGAAAUUAGAAAUUUUUAUUUCAUCGUGAAAGAGAGUUUAUGCGACUCAUUUGACGAUUUUGGUGAUUGAAACUGAGUUCCAUCGGACAAAUUUAGUUUUCUCGCCAAGACCGGAAAAUCAAGUUUCUCCACCAAAACCGGAAAAUCAAGUUUUCUCGCCAAAACCGCAAAAUCGAGUUUUUCCGCCAAAACCAGAAAAUCGAGUUUUCCCGCCAAACCGAAAAAUCGAGUUUUCCCGCCAAACCAAAAAAUCGAGUUUUCCCGGCAAAACUAUAAAAUCGAGUUUUCCCGCCAAAACCGGAAAAUCGUGUUCUACCAAAACCGAAAAAUCGAGUUUUCCUGCCAAAACCGUAAAAAUCGAGUUUCCCGCCAAACCGUAAAAUCGAGUUUUCCCGCCAAAACCGGAAAAUCGAGUUUUCCUUGCAAGAUUGGAAAAUUGAGUUUGUCUGUCAAAACCGCAAAAUCGAGUUUUCUGCCAAAACUGUAAAAUUUGUUAGCUUAUAGAUUAAAAUUUUAAAUUUUUCUUAUAUGGUCCAUUAUGGAUUCCAUGGCAGCCCAUGUUAACAUGAGUGUUAGUGGGUCUGGUCCUUAAUGGAUAUGGUUCUUAAUGGACAUGGUCAUUUUUUGUCUACAAACAAUAAAUGGAUAAGUGGAUAUGGGCUAAUGGACGUGGAUUAACCCAGUUUACAGCUCUAGUUGAAGCGAUGAAGAAGGUAUCCGAAUCAUAGCCAUCGGGAUAUAGAUAGAGAACAGCGAAAGGUGUAUCUUACAGACCCGAUACAAUCUUUUAUUUUUCAACUUGAAUCAGAGAGAAGAAAAGACUAGAAGAGCAGCCCCGAUACAUGUUGAAACAAAACAAAACCUCGCCUUGCAAAAUAGAAAAUCCGCGAACGGAAGACAAAAGAUACUAGUAUAUCGCAUCGAAAAACAAAACAUAUCUUUUCUUUCCUCUGAAGGAUCUGAAUUCGUUAAGAGGAAAGAGAAGAGAGAGUUCUCUCUCUCUGAGGUGAUGAUGAUAAUCAUGACUACUUCAACCAAACAUUUUUCUUUUCUUUUUUUUGUAACAUUAAGGUUUUAGUUUAGUAACUAAUUCCAAAGUAGGUCGAGUGGUUUUGACUUGUAGAAUUUGUAAGGGGAUGAUGAGAUAUCGUGACUACUUCAACCAAAUACUUUUCAUUUUGGGUAUAACUUAUAUAACAUGUGUUUCUUAUGUCCCAUUUGAUUUCUAUUAUUUCGUCAAUGCAUAAUAAGCACAUUCAAUAAUAAAAACCUUAAAAUUAUUUCAAACAAAAGUUAUUAUAUUAAAAUAAUUUUCAUAGACUGAAAAUUUUAUUCAAAAAAUACUGAGUGAAAGACUAGUGGUAUUUAGGAUUUUCAUAAGUAUUUUAAAAUUUAUUAGAAUUCAUUAUCUCUUAUAAAUUAUUUAUUGUUAGAUAUUGUUUAUAAAUCUAUGAAUGGAAAUACUCUAACACAAAACAUCUUAACAGCUUAGUGGAAGAAGUUUAGAUGUCUUUUCAAUCAGAUAUCAUAUUGUCUCAAAAAUCAUUUUCAAACAAAGAACAAGAGGGAAGAGUUUUAAGUGUAUUUGAUCACAAAGUGGGCAUGAAAACAGCCUGUCACUGAAAGAACAACAGAAUCUCUAAGGUAAACUAUAAAUUCCAAAAAGAAAAAAUCAAGCACGUUCAUCAUGUGCUACUUAUUUUUCGUUUGGCAAAAUAGAAUCGAAUCUUGAUAGAGACCUUAACAAGGCUACUUGUGGACAGUGUCGGAUGUAGAGCCAACAAGGGUGGAGCAUCCCCCUAUGGAUUUAAAAAAAAAAAGUUUUUCUUUACUAAAUUAUAAUGAAUUUUAAAGAAAUUAGAUAAAUUUGCCCCCCAUAAAAUCUCAAACCUAGGGUUAAAUAUGCCUCAUUUGUAGGUUUCAAAAUUUUGCCCCCUAUUAUAAAACUUUCUAGAUCCGCCACUGCUUGUGGAAGCAUGCGUGCAUGAAAUAUACGUAUUUUGAGUUUCCCUUCACCGGGUAAUAUUAUUGGUGGUUUUAUCCCUAGAGCAUAAAUGCAUAAUCAGAUUUAUUGUAUGUGGUGGUGAUAAAAAGGACAUGAAAUCCAGAUAGUUUGAUAUUUUAACACUCACAAUUUGAUAAGUUAGCUUACCAUGCCCAGUUUAGUUCUUGCAAACCACUAAUGAUUGAUUAAAUUUAGCAUAAAAGAUCAUUAAGGCUGAAACUUGUAAAAUAUUUAGGAAUUGAUGAAAUUAAAUAAAAAUGGAAUGGUAGAAAUGAAAUACAACAAAAAUGGAAUGGAACUCAAUCCAUUCAUUCAUAACAAAAAAAAUUUAUGGAAUGAUUUUCUUUAUAUAUUUUUUUUGUUGUAAAAUUGAUGGAAUGAGUGUUUCAUUUCAUUCAUGUUAAAUGGUGAAAUAUUUUUUAGAAUUAAUGGAAUAAGUCAUUCUACAUCAUUCCAUUCAAAAAAUCAUCAAUCCAGUUGCAUCCUAAGACUAUUAUGAAAAAUAGGAGACGCGAUAAUUUGUUUGCGAUAAUUAGUUUGCGAAGAGUCACCCAAAACGAAGCAUUGAGUAAUUGAUUCACUUGUUCGGUUCUAUCAUAUUUUGUAGAUACUAUUUAUGAACAUAUAUUAGAAAAAGAAAAAGAAACAUUGAGUUUGCUAGAAGAAAAAGUAUUCGGAUAAAAAAAGAUAAUUUUUUUUUUUGCUAAAAUGUAAAUAUCAUAUAAUGAAAAUAAGAUUUUAUAAGGAAGAUCUUAUGUUUUAACUAUCUUAGCAAAAAGAAAUAAAAAACAAGAUGGAUCACAAAAACUACAACCUACGAUGAUGAACUUUAUCUCAGCCAUAGUGCCAUGAGUGAAUGAAAGUGCCUACUGUGUCUUCUAGCUGAUAUAAUAAUAGUAUAAAUUUAUUAAAGAUAACAUUGACUUUAACCACUGAAUUUAUUAUAAUUGUUUUAUAGUUUAUUUUUAAAUUUUAUAAUUGAAAAAUAUAUUUUAAGAUAACAACACAAUAUAUAAAAAUUAUCUUAUUUUCAAAAAAGUUAAUAUUAUUAAUUAAAAUUUGUUUUUGAUUAUAUAAUUAAUUAUUUAUAAAAUUCAUUAAGGGUAUUAUAGAUAUUAACCGCUCUAACUUUUAACGUGAGAGCUCGAUUCCAAAAAUUUAUUUCGCAAAUAAUAUUAUAGAUUUGUUUUUUUUAAUUGCUUAGUUAUGGCUAGAUAAUGAUAAUCAGUCAGUGGUGGUCGCAGCACUAUGGGAAAAGGUAAUCCACUUUCCUCAAGCAUAGCCUCAGAAUUCCAUUAGUUCAUCAUACAUGAUAAGAGUUGACUCUUAAUCCAAACAUUAAUUUUUUUUUAAUUAUAAUUGGAAUUCUCAAUUAAAUAUGCAAGAUAUGUGAAUGGUGUAUUUGGCUCUGGUAGCACAUCCACUAAAGAUUCACAACUUUUCUCUCGGCAAUGAUCACCAAUAAGCUAUCCACAGCCACUUAAAACUCAUUAACUAAAACUUGAAUUGGUCUUAGUACUCCCUAACCACAUAAUUAUGUGAAAAUCCUUCUUUCCUUGAAAAGAAGGCUAUAUAGAUCAUUCUAGAAGUAGAGGAUAAUGAUCGUAUAAUGUCAUCAAUUUGGAUGGUGGGUACAGUAUUAAGCAUAAUUGACCCCUAAUUAAUUACAUGUGAUUAUUACUGCUAUAGUUGGAGCUAUAUGAUUAUGCUUAUAAGUGUGUAUCUUCCUUCUUAGUUUUUCUUUCUCGUGAGUGAUUAUAGACAUAUAGUCGUAAUGGAGUACAAUAUUGAUCGUGUAACAUAUGGUGGUAGUGGUUAACAACACUAUUAGUAAAUGAGAUAAUAUGUGAUUAAGAAAUCAUUUUCAAAUGUGGGGGCAGAAAUGUUCGUCAUUGCUGAAUUUAGGUAUGAUCUUAAGAAGAUACGUAAGAGGACUCGGAAGAGAUGAUUCAGCAGUCGGUAAUCUUUACCUAAUUAAGUAUUUUUCUUUCUACUUCUCAAACAAGGAGUUGAGAUUGAUUUUGAAAGAAUCAAAAAUAAAAAAUCAGUAAAUGAAGAUGUUUUAUUGAAUUGAUAUUAGUUUUUGAAGUUCUCCAAGGGUUUGUAGAUAUCAGGGAUCAGAUCCUAGGGGGCUGCAAGCCUGCAAGAGGCUUUAUCCAGAAUCUUUUGGACCAAAAAAAUUGGUACUUUGGAAUCAUUUGAGUGCGAAGUUUUGUGUAAGGCAUUAAUAAUGUGUUGGUGAUUUUCAGUAGACUCCUAAAAGUAUUUGGUCUUGGUGGUAGCCAAGAGGAAGUAUUUUGUGUAAGGCAUUAAUAAUGUGUUAGACACAACGAGAGAAUCUUUACACUAUAGGCAUCAAACCCGCAUGAUAUAAAAAAUUCUUAGGAUCUAUAAGAGCACAUCCAUUGGUUAGAGACAAUGAAAGUUUCUAAAAAAAAACUAAUAUUAUAAUUAUUUAUUUAUUUAUUUAUUUUCUUAAAAUCAGUUAAAGUAUUUAUUUCUCCUUAAUAGAAUGACAUAUAUCUUUUUGAGUAUCUAACAGUUUCUUAAAAACUCUAAAUUAAGAAUUUUGCUCAUUCUCUUUUCUAAUUUUCUAAUUUUUUUUCCUUAAAUGUUUAGAACUCUUCCUACAACUACUGAUGGACUUGUUCUACGAUUCUUGUAAAUAUUUGCACAACGACAAAGGCAUGAUAAGUUUUUUAAAAAAAAUUGAACUGUUAAUUUGAUUUCACUUUCGGCUGGAGUGUCUUCAGAUUUUUCUCGUUUAGUAAUCUCUGUAAUUAAAAAAAAAACUUAGAUCAAAUUUGAAAUUUCUUAUAUAUGUCUUCGUCUCUCUUUCAUUCGAAAAUCUAUAUUUCUUUCUUUUUUGGUCCAUUACUUUUUUUUUUGAAUUAAAAUUUAUUCAAAAGGAAAAUACUUUUUUUUGGUCCAUUUCAUUUGGCAAAUCUAUCUAAUUCUAGUCUUUUGAACUUUGGAGCUAAUGGAAAUCUCAACUUCAUUUAUAUGACACCUUAGGUCCACAAAGCCACAAAAGUUGCAAUCUGAAAGUGACUAUUUUAAAAGGAUGACUACCAUAUCACACCAAGAUUUGUACUUAUCUUAGCGUAACCAAAACUUCAUUAUCAUUUACUUCCUUUUAUUAUUGUAUAGACGCUAUACUAAAAGCUAAAUCUAUAGUCGUAAAAUUGCAAGUUCCGUUGAAAAUAACGUUGAAAAUAAUGUUAGCUAUUUAUGUAUUUAUGAACUAGGGGAAUAGUACCUAAGUUCUUAACGUUAUACACUAUUUUCAACUUAACGUGUCUUUUUGUGGUACAUUCCAUUGAAGGAAUAUUGAAGCACUGAGCAAGAAGAGUCAACAUAGAUAAUGAUAUCCAUUAUAAAGAGAACCAAGCUUGCUUCUCCACAAACACAUCACUCAUCAACAAUCCUCUAGCCCUCUCUCUCACUAUCUCAAUCAUUAACACAAAAAAUUAUGGAGCACAACAAGGUUGAUACAAAGCUUCAAGAAUCGUCGUACGAUGAUCAACAAAAAUGGGUUCUUGACUCUUCUCUCGAUAGUAGAGGAGGGGUUCCCGUUCGGGCUAGAACCGGAGCUUGGAGAGCUGCACUCUUCGUCAUUGCAAACGAGUUUAGUGAGAGACUAAGUUAUUUUGGGAUUGUUACAAGCUUAGUGGUCUAUUUAACAACGAUCCUUCACCAAGAUCUUAAGAUGGCUGUAAGAAAUGCAAACUACUGGUCUGGUGUUACUACUUUGAUGCCUCUUCUUGGAGGCUUCGUGGCCGAUGCUUAUCUCGGCCGUUAUGCCACUGUCCUAUUUGCAACCAUCAUCUACCUUAUGGGUUUGAUUCUGUUAACUUUAUCUUGGUUUAUACCGGGAUUGAAAGCUUGUAAUCAAGAAAUAUGUGUUGAGCCACGGAAAGCCCACGAAAUAGCCUUCUUCAUUGCAAUCUACUUGAUCUCCAUAGGCACUGGAGGUCACAAGCCAUCCCUUGAGAGCUUUGGAGCUGACCAAUUCGAAGAUGGCCAUCCUGAAGAAAGAAAGAUGAAGAUGUCCUACUUUAACUGGUGGAGCACCGGCCUUUGCGCUGGUGUUUUAACCGCGGUGACUGUGAUCGUCUAUAUAGAAGACCGUAUUGGUUGGGGUGUGGCUGGUAUCAUACUCACGGUAGUCAUGGCUACAUCGCUUUUGAUCUUCCUUAUGGGUAGACCGUUCUAUCGUUAUCGAGCACCUACCGGUAGCCCGCUGACCCCGAUGUUGCAAGUUUUUGUUGCUGCCAUUUCCAAAAGACAUCUUCCUUGUCCAAAUGAUUCUUCUCUUCUUCAUGAGUUGUCUAGAGAAGAGUAUACUAAGGGACGGUUUCUUUCCAGCACAAACAAUCUUAAAUUUCUAGACAAAGCAGCGAUAAUCGAAAACCGAGGAAGCGAGAAUGGUAUGGCUGAGAAGAAGAGUCCAUGGAAACUCGCAACGGUAACAAAAGUAGAGGAACUGAAGCUACUCAUCAACAUGAUUCCAAUCUGGUUCUUUACAUUAGCCUUUGGCAUAUGCGCCACUCAAGGCACAACAUUUUUCAUCAAACAAGCCAUUAUCAUGGACCGACAUAUCGGUCAUAACUUCAUAGUUCCUCCAUCAUCUAUGUUCGCCCUUGUAGCUCUCUCCAUGAUCAUCUUCUUAACAUUCUACGAGAAACUCCUCGUGCCUAUUUUGAGACGCGUCACGGGAAAUGAAAGAGGUAUUAGCAUUCUAAAAAGAAUUGGAACCGGUAUGGUGUUUUCCUUAAUCACCAUGAUUAUUGCUGCUUUAAUUGAGAGAAAAAGAUUGGAUUAUACUAAGCAACAUCACAUGGCUAUGAGUGUUAUAUGGUUAGCUCCUCAGUUCAUAGUUAUAGGUAUAGCGGACGCUUUGACUCUUCUGGGUCUUCAAGAGUACUUUUACGACCAAGUCCCUGACUCAAUGAGAAGUUUAGGCAUAGCCUUUUACCUUAGUGUAAUUGGAGCGGCUAGCUUUGUCAACAAUUUUUUGAUAACGGUUACUGAUCGUUUAGCUGAGGAAAUCUCUGGAAAGAGCUUGUUCGGGAAAGAUCUUAAUAGCAGCCGCUUGGACCGUUUUUACUGGACGCUAGCCGCAUUGACCGCUGUAAAUAUGUGCUUCUUUGUGAUUGUAGCCAAAAAGUACACUUAUAAGAGUGUGCAAUCAAGUCUGGCUGUUGCUGACGGUGGCGAUGACGUCGAGGCAGCCUCGGUGGGCAAUACGUCAAAGUAUACUUAACCAUGCAUCGUCAAAGUAUACUUGACCAUUCCAUGUGCUUUUGCUUCUUCUUUUUUUCCUUUUGCUAAGUGUUUUUUUUUUUGACUAAAUACUUUUGCUAAGUGUUCGUACGCUUAUUUAUUUAGUGUGGUUUUAGAUCGAUAUGUUAUAAACUAAUAUUGACUUAUCGAAAGAGGACAUAAAAACCAAACUCAAAAAACCA